GACGCCGCUGGGAGCCGGCCCGGCCUGUGCCUCUCGCUCGCUCGCUCGGGGCUGGAAGCGCCCAACCACCGGCCGGUCCGCGUGCGGGACGCGCUCCCCCGCCCUCGUCCCUGGGCGCUGACCGAGCCGGCCACCAUGGUGCCGGCCCAGCUGCUGCUCUCUCAGGCCGUACAUGGCCGGGGAGGCUAUGAUUCUGAUUUUAGUGAUGAUGAGAGUGGAGAGAAAUCUGACCAAAGGAAUAAAAGGACAAGUAAUGAAGAUGCCCUUCUCGUGAAACCAUUCCAGAAAGUAAAACAGGCCAAGGUGGCUGACAGACAAAUUGCAGCAGAAGAAUGGGAUAGGGAAGAAGCAAGAAAUAGGAGAUUUCAUCUGAUAGCCAUGGAUGCUUAUGCAAGACAUAAAAAGUUUGUGAAUGACUACAUUUUAUACUAUGGUGGCAAAAAGGAGGACUUCCGACGUUCAGGAGCAAGUGACAAGACAGACCUUGAUGUUGUAAGAGAAAACUAUAGAUUCCUGUGGAAAGAGGAAGAUGCAGUGGACAUGAAUUGGGAAAAGAAACUGGCAAAGAAAUACUAUGAUAAAUUAUUCAAAGAGUAUUGUAUAGCAGAUCUGAGUAGAUACAAAGAGAACAAGUUUGGAUUUAGAUGGAGACAUGAGAAAGAAGUAGUUUCAGGAAAAGGCCAGUUUUCCUGUGGAAAUAAGCACUGUGAUGAGAAAGAAGCACUGAAGAGCUGGGAGGUGAAUUUUGGGUACAUUGAAUAUGGUGAAAAGAGGAAUGCGCUUGUGAAAUUGAGAUUGUGUCCACAAUGUUCCUGCAAAUUAAAUUUUCAUCACAGGAGGAGAGAAGUCAAACCAAACAAGAAAAGACAGAGAACAGAACAAAACUCUGAAGACCCCAAAAGUAAGAAGUCAAGAUUAUCUCAUUCAGAAAAACACAGAUCUAAGAGAAAUAAACAGAAAGAUCAAGUUUCCUCAGAUGAUUCAGAUGAUUUUGAUAACGACCCAGAUGACAGUGAAGAGCAAGAUGUUCCUUCAGACGCUGACUUUUGGAAGGGUCCUCUACAGGAGACAGAUGAAAAAUCACGGGAGGAAGAGUUUGAUGAGUAUUUUCAAGACUUGUUUCUCUGAAACUCCAUAUGGAAACCUAGAUUAACUUCUUCUUGAAUUAUCAUGAUUCAUAUCUGACUCCCAAAUCAGAUUUAGGAAUCAAUAUAUAUUUUUUUCUAUAAAAAUUCCAUUAAAGGCACUGCUCCUACAAUUGACUGUCCAUGGACACAUACCACUGCUUGCAUAGAGCAUCACUGAUUUCACUGGGACAUGCCUGUGUUUGGUCAGUUGCAGGAUUGGGGCAUAAGCAAUUUCUCUUGGAAGAUGAUAGAUACCCUGUACAUUAAUGAAGAAGGAUAUAUAACAUACCUGGUUAUAAUUUAUUUUCAGCUGAGUGCAUUGUAAAGUACAAAUCUAAAAAAUGAUAGAAGACUCUGCACAUUAAUCUCAAAAGAGGGUGACAAGGAGACAUAUCAGAAUGAAGUUUACUGAUAGAGUGCAGUGUUUUCACAACGAUCAGAUGCAUGAAGUACUUUCUUCCAUGCUGCGCUUUCUAGUUACUUGUUUUAAAGGCGUAUUCUAGUUGACUCCCUGUUCUGUAUUUACCACUAAACUCUUUAAUAAAAUAUGUAUAGUUCUCUCUUAAAUCUAUUAAACCAUGCAGCAAAGUGUUCGUGGAUUCAAAUUAAUCAGUCACCCAGUGUUUAAGACUCAAACAUCUGUAUGUGUAAAUCUUUUUGAAAUAUUGAUACCGAAGUUUCCGAUCCUAUAAAACUUACAUUUUGCUUGGCCUAAGUAAAUCUUUUCUUCCUAAAAUUGAUGAUGAUGUUUUCUUUAAUUUUUUGUAAGCAUUAGUUCACUGUUGCCCUCCUCAUUUUAAGUCUUUAUUUUAAAUGUUGUUUGAUUGCCAGUCCCAUGGACACUCCACUAGUAGUUUGGGAUGUUAGUUUCUCACAUUUGUUUUAAUAAAUAAGGUACGUGGUUUGCCUCUGGGAAACGUA